UUGGUGACGUCACUGUGUUUUGAAACGAGUUGCGGAGACAUUAAAGGAAGUGUUUACUGUGUUACAGAGUCUAUCAAUAAUAUACUUUAUUCAGUUCUCAGUGAAUAAAGACAGGAGGAGUGUGUACUGUAUUAUAGAUGUAGUGUGUGUGUGUGUGUGUGUGUGUGUGUGUGUCCUGUAGCAGUGAUGUGGAGUUGGAGAUGUGUGUGGCUUCUCACUGCACUGCUGUUCAUCAGCGUGCUUUCAGUCUGCAGCUCGGACCUGGAGGUGUGUGUGAGAACUGAGGAACCUGUCAGAAACCUCACACACUUCUGGAGGAGCACCGGCUUCUGCCCUCCACAGCCACACACCAGUGCUCACCUGUAUGACCUGAGUAAAGACCAGAAGCUGAACCUGGCUCUGCUGGGCUCAGUGCCACAUGCAGGUCUGCAGCAGGUGAGGAUCCACUGGCUGCUGGAGCUCGUAUCUGCACAGAUUAUAAAUGGGGAAUAUCAUUACAACUUCACGUACCUGGAUGAGCUGAUGGAGCUCCUGUGGCAGAACAACCUGCAGCCUGGUUUUGAGCUCAUGGGUAGCCUCAACAACACCUUCAGUGACUUUGAGAACCUCACCCAGGUGUCUGAGUGGAAGCGUCUGGUUUUCCUCACAGCUCAGAGAUACAUUGAGAAGUACGGAUUGGACGUGGUGUCUCAGUGGAACUUUGAGACGUGGAAUGAGCCGAACAAUCACGACUUCGACAACGUCACGAUGACGAUCCAGGGGUUCCUAAACUACUAUGAUGCAUGUUUAGAAGGUCUGCGUAAAGCGAGUGUGUAUCUGAAGCUCGGUGGUCCAGGGGACUCGUGUCACUCUCCUCCUCGAUCUCCAUACUGCUGGGCCUUACUGCAGCAUUGUCACCACACACACCACAACACACACCCCAACACACACACUAACACACACUGUCUCCACUACAUCGCCCUACAUAAGAAGGGUGGGGGUGCUACCCUCCCAAUCCUGCAGCAGAUGGUCGACACGGUGCAGGAGAUCCAGCGGCGUUUCCCUCUGUUUCAGUCACUUCCUGUGUAUAAUGACGAGGCAGAUCCACUCGUGGGCUGGAACAAACCUCUCACCUGGCGCGCUGAUGUCACUUACGCUGCCAUGGUGAUCAAGGUGAUCUCCCAGCACCAGGACCUGCUCAUCGCUGACAAGAACAACACCAUCAACUUCACACUGCUGAGUAACGACAAUGCCUUCCUGAGUUACCACCCGCACCAGUUCACCCAGCGCACGCUAACCGCCCGCUUCCAGAUCAACAACACACACACACCUUACGUCCAGCUCGUACGCAAACCCGUCCUCACCGCCAUGGGCCUGCUCGCUCUGCUAGGUGAGCAGCAGGUGAAGGUUACCAUGGUGCCUCGAGACGCUCGGGAAGAGAGUUCAGUGGGUGUUCUUGCAAGCGUUCACACACCCCAACUCACACACACUCACACACACACUGCUGACGGCUGGCAGAGCACCGUGCUCCUGUACAACUGCAGAGACAACGUCACCUCCAACGAGUCUGUCAGCAUCACGCUAAACAUCACUGGAGCUCCUGCACACACAGAUGUGAUGUACAUGAUGCGCUACAUGGAUAACACUGUCACUAACCCGUAUGAAGCGUGGCGGCGGAUGGGCAGCCCAGAUUACCCCACACCACACCAACUCUCACAGCUCAGGGCUCAAGAGGACGCUCAGACAGAUGGCCCCAUCCCGGUUCCUGCUCAGGGAGUUCUGUCUCUGAAAGUGAAGCUCCCUGUUCCCUCCAUACUGCUCAUCCACCUGUGUGCUCAGCCCCCAAACACACCUGGACAGGUGAACGAUGUGCGGUUCGUCUCCAUCACUAAGGGCCAAGUCCUCAUUGUGUGGCAGGACCAUGACGUCAGCACCAAGUGUGUGAAGACGUACGAGGUGGAGUUCUCUAAAGAUGGACUUGGAUUUCAGAGGAUCAACUUCAGAGACACUGUGUUCACUUCUCACACCUUCUCACCAGAGAGCCUGGAUGUGUGUGGAGUGUACAGAGUGAGAGCUGUGGACUUCUGGGGACGAGCAGGAGUGUAUUCACCUACUGAGAGAUACACCGAGUUCUGCUGACCAGGAAACACACACAUACACACACCAGUGUUUGUUCAUGACCUAAUUAAAGUGUUUCAUUUGUAA